AUGACACAGUGGUUAGGGCAGUCUGCUUUAAUCCUGACAAGAAGCCUCAUCUGGAAAAAAUCCAAAAAGGGAAAACUGCUGUCACCCUCUUCAAUGUCAGAAGUUCAAUAAAAGAUGAAGUUGAAAGUGUCGUAAUCCAAAAUAAUACCAAGAUGCAACCAGUGGUUCUACCAUUUUCAUAUAAAGACAUCAGCAUGAUGUCGUCAUUUAUAAGUCUCGCAUCGCUUCAAGAUGUUUCUUUGGAACAACUGGUAGAAGUGAAGGCCAAACUUACUAGGCUAACUGCAGUUAAAACUCAAAACAACCGUUUUGGCCAACCUCUUCAGAAACAAGAAGCUAUUUUAGUUGAUCACACCACCUCAAUCAAAGUGAUCCUUUGGCAGGAACAUUGUAACACACUUACUGAGGAAAAAAAACAUACAGGCUAA